ACUUGUUUGCAGUAGAUGAGUGUCUCCUUUAGCGCAAUGCGGGUGCUCCUCUCGAAACUUCCGAGACCAUGGAUAGUUGACGAGAAAAAGGACGAUGGUUACACGGCCCUUCAUCUGGCUGCUCUGAACAAUCACGUCGAAGUUGCUGAACAGCUGGCACGUGCUGGAAAAGCUGACCUGGAUUUGCAAAACGUCAAUUUGCAGACCGCGUUGCAUCUCGCUGUCGAGCGACAGCACACGCAAAUCGUUCGUCUGCUGGUACGCGAAGGCGCCAAUUUAAACGUAGCAGACAAGGACGGUGACACGCCUCUUCACGAAGCCUUGAGAUAUCACACUUUGACGCAGCUGCGACAGCUGCAGGAUGUCCAGGACGUAGGGCGGCUCCUGAUGGGCCUGGGCGCGCAAGGACAGGACAAGAAAAGUAGCUCGUUCAUUGCUUGCUUCCUGGCUGCCCAUGGGGCUGACCUGGAAUUGAAGAACAAGAAGGGACAGACUCCGCUCGACCUCUGCCCAGAUCCAAAUCUCUGCAAAACGCUAACUACUUGCCACAAGGACAGAGAAUCGGACAACAUCGAACCGGCAGCUCCAUCAGCCACGAUCGACGAGUGUUUGGUCUGUUCAGAUGGAAAACGUGAAAUGCUUUUCAGCCCUUGCGGACAUGUAGCUUGUUGUAACGCUUGCGCGCCAAGAGUGAAGAAAUGCCUGAUCUGCAGAGAAAAUGUCCUUUCAAGAACAAAAAUCGAGGAGUGCGUGGUUUGCUCGGAUCGUAAAGCUAACGUACUAUUUCGUCCGUGUGGACAUAUGUGUGCUUGCGAAAGCUGCGCUGCCCUGAUGAAAAAAUGCGUUCAAUGCAGAGCUCAAAUUCAGCACAUGUUACCGUUGUCGAUCUGUUGCGGUAGAGGAGGCGAUGUCACUUACGUUAAAGCGACCAAUGCUUCAGGUGCAACGAUAACAGACGUGAAGAGUGAUCAAGAGGAAGAAUUAUUAUCGCAACAAAAUACUGGAAGUGGAGGAGAAACACUUUUGAUGAACAACGGUAGCCGAGAUACAUCACACAGCGAUAUACAGAAACUUCAACAACAACUUCAAGAUAUCAAGGAACAGACAAUGUGUCCAGUUUGCUUAGAUCGUUUAAAGAAUAUGAUAUUUUUGUGCGGCCACGGCACCUGUCAAAUGUGCGGAGACCGGAUGUCGGAGUGUCCAAUAUGUCGGAAGGCGGUAGACAAACGAAUUUUGCUCUAUUAAAUCUAGAAAACUGAUUAUCGUUCGGAGCUAGAGUUUCAUUUAGAUAUAUAAUAAUGAAUGAUAAUAGUAGGAAUAAUUAAAUAUUGCAUCUAUUAUCUGAUUCAAAUUUUGAAAGUAUAGAUACGUUUUAUUUUCGAUACUUUCAACCUCCACAAGACUGUAACAUAAAUUAAGAUUUUGUUAAAACUAUCAAAGUAUAUUUAUACAUAUACUGCCCAUUCACCAAAUAAAAUUUAUACUAAUUAAUUCUAAUAGUUUUUAUACUCCUAUUUUAAAAUUUUAGGAAACAUUUAUACGAAUUAAUAUGUAUAAAAUAUUUCUAUUUAAUUUCAUUACAUCUAUCGUACAUAAGUAUUAUACCAUAAUGAAGACAUAAACAGGCUAUUCAGUGUAAUCUGUUCCACGAUUAUUCUUAUUUUGAAUAAGUAUUUCCUAAAUAUAUUCAAGCAUGUCAAACAUAUAUAUGCUUAAAAAUUUCCCAAUCUUUUAAAUAAAUGCUAUGAAAGAUAUAUACAAAUCAGAGGAAACCGAAUGCAAUAUUUACUUAUUCCUUCUUUUUUUAAUCUGUUAACGGGCUCCGUAUAAUUUGUUCCUAAUAUUAUAACUUCAGCAUAUUUUCACGAUAUAAAUAUAAUCAGGCAAUUAAAUAUACACAUACAUUAGGCUGAGUCAUGAAAAUGAAUUAUAAGAAUUAUAGCAAAAUGCCAAGCAAGUUGAUCGUAUCUAUGAUGAAAUAUUGAGAUCGUAUCGAAUAGCGCUUCGACCUUAUUCAUUUCUUCAAAAUUACAAAGUUUGAUUCAGUAAUGUAAGUUAAUAAGUAAACUAUUGUUUUCUAGUAA